AUGUUCAUCCUGUCUGAACUUGAAGAUAAAGUCCGAAUAGAGCCAGCCGAUCUAGGUCGACCCACUGUUGACGCUGUAACAGCCGUGAUCGAACAGUUGUAUCUGGACAAGGUCGUGAGUGACCUUGGCCUGGUGGUCACGAUUUACGACAUCCUUGACAUUCAAGGGGGGUCAAUAUACGCCAGUGAGGGGGCAGCCCACUACACUGUGAAAUUCAGAUUGGUGGUGUUCCGGCCAUUCAUAGGCGAAGUCCUGGUCGGCCGACUCACCAAAUGUGACAAGACUGGGUUGCACCUGAGCCUGGAUUUCUUCGAGGAUAUCUUCGUUCCGGAGCAUGCUCUCCCAGCGCCAUCAUUCUUUGAUGAGGCGGAGGGGCUGUGGUUUUGGAAGUUUGAGGAUCAGCCGAUGUGGCUGGAGAUGGAGGACGCAAUCCGGCUGCGAGUGAAGGGCGUCAAGUUCCGGCAGGCGCCAAACGCGCUGCAGCUGCGCAGCGCUUCCGAGCCCGGCGGCGACAUGCUCGGCACCGCCGCCAACCCAUUCGCACCCAUGCAGGUUGUCGGCGCAAUCGAUGAGGAUGGGCUUGGAGUGGUGUCCUGGUGGGACCAGGAUGACGCAGCAGAGGACAUGGCCUCUUAG